GUUGUGCAGCCGCCGCCAUGUUGAGUGAGGCGCGUGUGGAGCCGCUGUGGAGCUGAGCGCGGAGCGAGAGAGAGAGAGAGAGCCCCGAGACAGCCUGGAGCAGCGAGACACCCACCCACCCACACACACACCGCCGACAGCAUGGACGCCGUCAACGCCUUUAACGAUGAGUUGUUUUCUUUAAUGGAACUAAAACCACCUAUUUCUCGGGCGAAGAUGAUCCUUAUUACUAAAGCUGCCAUCAAAGCUAUAAAGCUUUACAAACAUGUUGUGCAAAUUGUAGAAAAGUUUGUCAAAAAGUGCAAACCAGAAUUUAAAGUUCCAGGAUUGUAUGUUAUUGACUCGAUUGUUCGUCAGUCCCGUCAUCAGUUUGGAGCUGAGAAAGAUGUUUUUGGGCCACGGUUCAGUAAAAAUAUUACCGCCACAUUCCAAUAUUUAUAUAAAUGUCCAUUUGAUGAGAAGAGCAAGAUAGUUCGUGUGUUGAACCUAUGGCAAAAGAAUGGUGUGUUCAGGAUUGAAGUUAUACAGCCACUGUUGGAUAUGGCAGCAGGGACUACUGCAACCACAGCUCCACCGGCAAUAGAUAGUGCUGCUAAUAAUGCAAGGUCUCCUAUUCCUCAUCCAGCUCCUUCACAGGUUCCUCAGAUAACAUCCGACUCCUUGUCUGCUCUACAACAACAACUACCCAACUCCGAUGCAUUUGUGGCAGUAGCCCAGCUCUUUCAGUCAACUCAAGGGCAGCAGAUACAGCAGAUAUUGCAGAAUUUCCAGCAGCCCUCCAAGCCACAGUCUCCAGCAGUGGAUAACAGUAUAAUGUCACGGGUUGAGGCCUUUACAGCUCAGCUAAAGACUGCUGGUGCACAGCCUCCAGAACAGAAGGCUGCCUUUGAUAAGAAGCUGCUUGACCGAUUUGACUAUGAUGAUGAGCCAGAACAAGUUGAUGAUGUGAAGAAAGAGGAGUCGAUUCCAUCUCCUGCUCAGACUUCGUUUGGAUUCUCUGAAGGUAUGCAACCACCUCUAUAUCAGCAUCUUGGAAUUCAGCUUCCAAAUUUGGAACAAUUUCAGCAAACCUUGUUGGGUCUGCAACAGGACACAUUACAGCAGAUGCCACCACCUCCCAAUGGACAGUUACCUACAUAUGGGAUGGGUCCUGUUCAUUCUUAUCCAGUUAUGCCUCAAGCAGUCAUGCCCCCAGCAUCUGUUCAAUCUGUGUUUCAGCCAGACUAUCGGACCCUAAAUGAGCCACAACAGGAAGUAGAUAUGGAGAUUGAAAAGCCUGAUAUGCAAGAAUCAAAGCGUCAUCACAUGGAAAACAGGAGGUCGCGCACUCGGUCUGGAUCAAGAUCACCCAAGAGGAGGCGUUCUCGAUCUGGGUCUAGGUCACGAAGAUCAAGACAUAAACGUUCUCGAUCAAGAUCCAGAGAAAGAGAAAGGCGUAGACACUCUCCACGAUCACGAUCUCAGGAGAGGCGCGAAAGAGAAAAGGAAAGAGAACGGAGGCAGAAGGGACUUCCAUCAAUUAAGUCUAAAACUGUCAGUGUCUGCAGUACAACACUUUGGAUAGGACAACUGGACAAAAGGGCAACACAACAGGAUGUUGCAAACCUGCUGGAAGAGUUUGGCCAGAUAGAAUCUUUGAAUAUGAUUCCUCCAAGAGGCUGUGCUUACAUUGUGAUGGUUCACAGACAAGAUGCGUACCGAGCUUUACAGAAACUAAGCAGAGGAACGUUUAAAGUCAACCAAAAGCCUAUAAAGAUUGCCUGGGCCUUAACCAAAGGAAUGAAAGCAGAAUAUAAACAGUUUUGGGAUGUGGAACUUGGAGUAUCUUAUAUUCCAUGGGAUAAAGUAAAACCUGAAGAACUGGAAGUUUUGUGUGAGGGUGGGAUGCUGGAUAAUGAAACACUUUGUCCAGAUUGGAAGACUAUAACGAAGACACCAGUAGCUGUUGCUGAUACUGCUGAAAAUGGUGGCACAGCAGUGACAAAACCAGAAGAAAUGCCUCAAACAUCCAUGCCCUUACCUGUACAGAUGCCUGGAGUUCAGCCAAUCUCUUCGGUUGGUAGAUUACACCCACCAAACUUUUCAGCACUCCCACCACCUACUUUCAACCCAGGAGUGCCACCUCCACCACCGCCACCACCUCCUCCUCCAUUUAUGCGUCCUGGUUUUAAUCCAAUCCAACCACCUCCGGGAUACCUUCCACCAGGAUCUAUUCCUCCAAUGAGUGCUGCAUUACCAAUUGGAAAUACAGGAACAAACAUUCCGACAUGUGAUUCUUCCCAACUUCCAGAUCAAGAAGGACCACACUCCAUGACUGCUUUUGCUGGUGGCCCCUUCAGACAAUACAACACAGGAAAUCAAGGUGGAACCUCUCACACCCCGGUAACAAAUGUCCAACCACCGAGUCCUGGUCUUUUGGGAGCACGGCCUGGUUUGAUACCUCUACAGCGUCCUCCUGGUGUUCCACCACCUCAUCUGCAAAGAUUUCCUGUUGUUCCUCCCAGACCUUUAUUACCACAUUUGAUGCAUAGAGGUCCGCCACCUCCAGGCCCAGGUGGAUUUGGAGUACCUCCACCUCAUGGUGUAAGAGGUCCCUUUCCACCCCAAAAUCUUUAUGGCCGACCUUCAGCAGCUGAAGAUAGGGAUGGAAGACAGUUUAGGAAUGACAGGCAUGGAUUUCCUCCAGGAAGAGAUCGAGACCAAGAACGUUUUGGUAGAUCGGAAUUCAGAAAUCGGUCUUUUGGUGGAAACCGAAGUGAAUCUGACAAUCGUGAUCGUUAUGGAAAUCGACAAGAAGAUCGAGAUGAGCGUCAGAGUGGUGGUCGUGAGAGAUGGGAAUGGGGCAGGAGAAGCUCUGAACGAGACAGAUCUAGAGAUUCAGAGGAAAGAAACAGGUGGUCGAGUGGACAUAGAGAUUCUCGAGAGAAAGAAUCUCGUAGAGAUCGAGAUGUGGAUCAGCGUGGCAAGGAAAAGCCUGAAGCUUCAGUUGAUGAGGAGAGUGAAAAAGACCUCAGAUCUAAUGGAGACACACAAGAAGAAAUAAUUAAACCGUUAGAUAUAAACCCAGUAGCUGAGUCUGCUAAAGAAGAAUCUGAGUCACUGAAUACAGAUAUGAAAGCCACAUAUAUGAAAGCCACAGAGAUGGUGGAAAUGGAGCCUGCCUCAUCUACAAAACAACCUGAAACAGAAAAUUCAGGCACAACUAAUGAGGCUCAGUGAUUUGAAACUAAUUAUAAUAAAACACAUGAUGUGGUGAUAAUUCACACAUGCACCACAUUAUUGUGUUAUGAAGCUUUAGAGUUGUAUAAAAAUGAUGUAUAAAGUAUUUGCUUCUGCUCUCCCACAAUCCUGUCUAGUUUUUAAAGGAAGAUUUUAAGCAAACUGUUUGCUUUCCCCAGUAUUCAAAAUGGCCACACAAUUUACUCAAAAGCGUGAACCCCUGAUGACAAGAAAGAAAAAUGAUCACAUUUUUUCUGUACCUUUUUAAAAUUUUGACCUAAGGUAGAAGUACUUUCUAUUCUUUUUUAAUUUAAAAAAAGGUGAAAGCUCCUCCCAACAGUUGAGCUUAGGGAUUUGUUUUUAAUAAACUCUAUUUUCUUAACAAACUUUAGAGCGUGUGAUAUUCUUCCUCGGACUUGUGGAGAAAAGAAUGUCAUGGAAUGGAAGAAUAAGGUUAUAAAACACCCUAAAGUUUGAUGUUUUCUAUAUUGGAAGCAAGUCUAAAUUAGACUCUUAUUAGUAUGUGUUCUUAAAAAAAAAAAAAAUUGCUUUUGGACAACCAACUACAGAGCCCAAGACAGAUUGCUUUGCAACGUGUAUUAUAAAAAUAUUAGUGUUUCACUGGUGAUGUAUAGAAAUUAUAAAGUUGCCCACACAAGAUCAGGAAACCAAUGGUCUGAAUAGUACUUUGUUUUAGAACGUUUCUUGAAAGUUUAUUUGUUCAUUUCCCUGAAAUACAGACUGUUUCUUAAAAGUAA